AGGAAUUGUGGACUCGAGUGGCCAAUCAACGCGAACGCAGUAACUUCCAAUGAAAUUUUUCUAGCUGGUGGGAGCUUUUUUAUCUUCAAUACCGCUUGGUCAUUUUAUUCCCCCCUCCACGACUCUCAUCACCAGUCCUUUCUUUCCGUGUGAAUUGGGUUUCUUUUUUUUCGGCUGCAGGGUAAAAUCAAUUUAACAUGUCGGCGUUGACGCGCACCCUGGCGCCGUUCUUGCGCGCCUCUCGCCACUCCCUCAGAUCCGGCAGCAUCGCCAACCCGUUACAAUUUGCUGUGCGACAGCAAAAUGUUGCCGCAGCCCUCAACAUCGCCCGUUCAUACGCAGCCGUCUUCGAGAGGACGAAGCCUCACGUAAACGUCGGUACCAUUGGUCACGUCGAUCACGGCAAGACUACCCUAUCUGCUGCUAUCACGAAGAGACAGGCCGAGAAGGGGUUGGCAAACUUCCUAGAAUAUGGCGCUAUCGACAAGGCGCCUGAGGAGAGGAAGCGUGGUAUUACCAUUUCUACCGCACACAUCGAAUACUCGACGGAAAACCGACAUUACUCCCACGUCGACUGUCCUGGUCACGCCGAUUACAUCAAGAAUAUGAUUACUGGUGCCGCCAACAUGGACGGUGCCAUCAUUGUCGUUGCUGCUUCCGAUGGUCAAAUGCCCCAGACGAGAGAACAUCUUCUUCUUGCCCGUCAGGUCGGUGUCCAGAAGAUUGUCGUCUUUGUCAACAAGAUCGAUGCCAUUGAGGACCCCGAGAUGUUGGAAUUGGUCGAGAUGGAGAUGCGUGAGCUGCUCACCCACUACGGCUUCGAAGGUGACGAGACCCCAGUCAUCAUGGGUUCUGCCCUGAUGGCCAUGGAAGGCAAGCGACCCGAUAUCGGUGUUGAGAAGAUCGAUGAGCUCUUAAAGGCCGUCGACGAGUGGAUCCCUACCCCCCAGCGUGACCUCGACAAGCCCUUCCUGAUGUCCGUUGAGGACGUCUUCUCCAUUGCCGGACGUGGAACUGUCGCCUCCGGUCGUGUUGAGCGAGGUAUCCUGAAGAGGGAUGCUGAAGUUGAGCUGAUCGGCAAGGGUUCCGAGAUCAUCAAGACCAAGGUUACCGAUAUCGAGACCUUUAAGAAGUCCUGCGAUGAAUCCCGAGCUGGUGACAACUCCGGUCUGCUCCUGCGAGGUAUUCGACGAGAGGAUAUCAAGCGAGGUAUGGUUAUCGUCACGCCUGGUACCGUCAAGGCCCACACCAAGUUCAUGGUCUCCCUAUACGUCCUGACAAAGGAGGAGGGUGGCCGACACACCCCCUUCGUCGAGAACUACCGACCCCAGAUGUACCUACGAACUGCCGACGAGGCUGUGGCCCUUCACUUCCCCGAGGACGCUGAAGACAGGUCCAGGGCCGUCAUGCCCGGUGACAACGUCGAGAUGGUUGCUACCCUGCACAACCCCAUCGCCAUCGAGGUUGGUCAGCAAGUCAACGUCCGCGAGGGUGGCCGAACCGUCGCGACCGGAAUCAUUACACGAAUCGUUCAAUAAACCCGACCACGGACUGUUUUAGGAAGGGGCUGGUUCAUGUGUGCAAGAGGGAUAGAACGGGCAUCUUCGGCUUUGCUUUUUGUCAGCCGGCAUGGGGGAAAAUCUUGGCGUUGCUCUCUUGUGUAUACGGGAUUUCGGAUUGUAUUAUAUUUGGAGCCCAUGUACACUUGACUUCCAGUCCCCGUGGCUCGUUGAAUCUCCCCUCUGCUUACGAAACGUCUCCUUCCCGUAAUGUAACUCUAGAGCAUGAUGAAAUGGUAAAUGUUGAAACUAUGAGCUACGUAUACGCAUGACGUGGUUCUUGGUGUAUGAUACGAUCUAGAAAUUCGGGAAUACGAAAUCUUCAUGCUGACGUGUUAGUGGACCCCUUUUAAUAUGAAGAGUUACACUAGAGAGUUGGUUUGGGCAGAGUUGAUAGCUGGUUACCGCCUUAAACCUGUUUAUUGUCAAGUCAAGACUAGAAUUGGACCCCCUUGGAUAAAAGAAGACCAGUAGAUUUCAUCACGAGAGCCGUAGGGCUAUCUCUAUUAGUUGCAAGCCUAGCUUGAAACAUCCAAGUAAUAGGCACGCCAGA